GUACGACAUGGCUGCCCAACACGCUGCGUCAUCAAAAGCACGACAAAGUUACCCGACUGGUGCGAGCAGUAAACUUGCGGCUUCUGUUUCUGCUUGUGCUUCCUCUGCACCCGCAACUAGUCAGUCAACGCCGUCUGCUGUUCUUGCACGCACACAUCACCGUUUACCUUUUUCGGUGGCACCACUGGAGGAAAUACCCAGGCAGGAUCGCUAUGCUUUCACUCCGCUGCUGCGGAAAGUAGAGGCGUGGUUUAGCUGCAAAGUCGUUCGGGCUGGCGGAAUCGAGGUAAUUACCCAGCCAACCUCAAGUUUCCACCUACGCCGUGCUUUUGCCAACUCCUUCAACAACAGCUUCUCCACGAGCGAUCUCGAUUUGAUCCACGCAAAGAUGAAGCGUGACUUCGUUGCUCCCUACAUCAAAAGUCCGCAGAUACAUGCACGGUACUAAGUACUUAAUUGGACCAUUCUAGACUACUCCAUGUCCUAGCAUAGGCAUACCAGUAAGGCAAGAAAUUGAAAUGUGAGUAAGUACUUAAGUAGACUGACAUGCUGUAGUCCGUCGGCGAUCGUUUUCGUUCCCAGGCUCAACAUGAUUGGACGUCGAAUUUCAAGAAUAUCAAGAUUCGCUCUUCAGAAUUCUUCAAAAUCACAACUUCGCAGAUUCGAAAUCGGUGACCUCGUUGCAGUUUUGCAAGCGGUAGUGAAGCGAAAGGGAAUGCGCAGUGCAGAACGACUACUGGAAGCCUUGUUGGGAAUGAAGCGAGGCAUGUGGUGGUGACCGUGACUCUGCCUAAAAGCAUUCACAAACACAAUAACUAUAAAUUCUUGCUUUGCAUCCGUUUGCUUUAAUAAUUA